AUGAGCCCUCAGGGAAUAACUCGCAAGAGACCUGCCCCCGGCACGUCGCCCGUUGUCCACCCGCAGCUGGGCCAGCUGCCGAAUUAUCCUCAAACAUCCGGCCCGUCUUUGUCCAACGACCAAUUUCUACAAUGGGGUCAGAACCCGUCGCCGAACGCCGCGCCCCCGUUAUCCUUUCCCGACACGAAUUCCUACAACCCCGGUGCUAUGCCCGCAUCAGCCCAUGACCUUUCCGGUGUCUCUACUACAUCCAACCAAGUCGCACGUAGGCAAACCCCGAACCAGAUGGUGAGUCGAGGUCGCAGUUAUGAACAGCCAUCGGCACCUCUUCCGGACCAAAACAAUGUGCCUGGAGAGUCCGGGGGUUGGACCGAAAGCUUGGAGGAACUUUACAAACGUGCGUUGGCUGCCAAAAGAGAGGCACAGGCGAAGAGGAAACAGAUUCCGCCGUUCGUACAGAAGCUGAGCAGCUUUCUUGACGAGUCGAAGAACACCGAAUUAAUCAGAUGGUCUGACGACGGAAACUCAUUCAUCGUGCUGGAUGAGGACGAGUUCGCCAAGACGUUGAUCCCCGAAUUGUUCAAACACAAUAAUUAUGCCUCCUUUGUCCGGCAGCUGAACAUGUACGGUUUCCACAAGAAAGUCGGUCUCUCUGACAACUCAAUGCGCGCAAGCGAAAGAAAGAACAAAAGCCCCAGUGAAUACGCCAACCCCUACUUUAAACGUGGUCACCCUGAUCUGCUGUGGCUCAUUCAGAAGCCUAAGAACACAGCUGGACAGGGAGCGAAGUCUGGCAAAGGUUAUGUCCGUGUGAAGACGGAAGAUGCCGAAAACGAAUCCGAGGACUUUGAUGACAACCCUAGACCCAAAGACGACACCCGUAACCGACAGCUGUCCCUGAUUGCACAGCAACCCUCUUUACCCAAGGAUCAGUUCUCCAAUGUCUACCGGGAGCUGCAAGCGAUUCGCCAACAACAGCAGAUUAUCUCCAGCACCAUUAGCAAACUACGGAGAGAGCAUGAACAGCUUUAUGCACAGGCAGCGAAUUUUCAGGAGCAGCAUACUCGCCAUGAGAACUCGAUCAAUGCGAUACUUACUUUCCUCGCCACCGUCUAUAACCGGAGCCUUCAAGGCCAGGAAGGCCAGAAUCUCGCAAAUUCCUUUGCUGGUGCAAUCUCACAGGACCAGGGAAACAUUGUCGAUAUGGGUGACGGAUACUCGUUUGGAACACUUGGCGCUACCUCGAUGAACAGCCCUGGCGGACCCCGGUCAAUGAAAAAGCAACAGCUGCUACUCAAGGCACCGCCGGGGCCUGGUCGUGCGUCGACGCUCUCGCCCGCGGCAAGUGCCUACGAGCGCUCACAGUCUCGCAACCACUCGCGGCAGCAAACCACCUCUCAACACGGGCAAGUCGAGGAAGUUUUUGAUAGUAAUAGCCCACGAUCAAAGGACUCUCCUUCUUCACAAGCUCAGCAAUACCCGCAGCGUGAUAUCAUGUCCGUCAUUCAGAAUGCCAAUGCGCGAAACGGGAUCCCAACCUCUUAUAGCGAUUUUCCCAACGUGCUGUCGUCACUCGAGACAUCUGGCGGCAACGUCCCUCUCACCUCCAACCAACGUGCAGACAUGCUUCGUCUCAUGGCCAACGAGACCGGCACAGACGAUGCUGGCGGAACGUUGCCACAAAACAAUGCUCUGAUUAGCCCGGCACCACCGCCAAUGCCGAGCAAUUACUCGUCACGUCUUGCCGACACCCGGUCUGAAAUUGACAACCUGAUGAAGAUGCAAGCCGAGCAGGACCGCUCCGUGCAGAACCUGACCAACCUGUUACAACCACUCAGCCCAAGCGGUACCAUUCCCGGUAUCGGAGCCGAUGGGAGCAUCCCACCGCCCCCGCUUGAACUAGACCAUAUCUUCAACAAUGACUACUUUACGGACUUUGCGGACUACGACCAACAAAACAGAGAAAAUAUAGACCUCGGAGACUCGACGGGCGCUGGCCAAGUGCCCACAACAGAACCAGCAGCUGUAGAUGACAUGGCCAUCAAACACGACGGAAACGACCUUUUCGAUUUCGACCAUCUACCCGGUGAUGACCUCUUCCCAGGGACAAACCAGCACCAAUCGAGCCCUGGGUACUUUCAGCAAUUCAAUAAUAACGGCUAUGGGGCCAAUUCGACUAAUGCUGCUGGCGCAAACUCAGGCAUCAGCGGGCCCGGCCGGGUUGUGGAAACUCUGACAGACAGUGAAGCCACCAGCCCUAGCAAUCCCGUCGAUGACCCGUACGGUGCCGGCUUGUUUGACGCAGGAGACGGGCCACAAGGUGGAAAAAAUAGCCUCGGAAGUGCGAAGCGGAGAAAGAAAGCUUGA